UAAUUUAAUGUUAAUAGACUACUUGUCAAUGUGUGGCAUUUAAUUGUUUAUCAAUUAUAAAUGUAACGAAUCUGUGUAAUUCGCCCUAAUAUAUUUUUGAUAAUUGGAAAUCCCGGCAUGUUCUACCUUGUUGGUUCUGUAAAAAGUAAAAGGUAAUGUUUAAUCACGCAAAACGUACUCAAUAUAUAUAUAUAUGUCGGUUGUAUGAUGUAAGGAAUGUUCUUUAAAAGGUUGGAUGAAUUAAGUCAACCGCUCAUAUAUCUUCUUCGUAAACUUGAUACGUCAUCUUAUAUCACAAACAGUUAGACUUUCAUUUUCGUAAAAUUUGAUAGAGAAAAAGAAGAUAAUUGUGUGCAAGAUUUUACACCGAAUUUGCGAAGGAGAAGAAAUAAUUCGGAUUCUAUUUAAAAAUUCGAAAAUUUGUGAAAAUAGUUGUGAGAGAUGCCGACCAAAAUGUGAACAAAUUAUUUAUUCUUAUUUAUAGUUACCGGAUACAAUAACAAUGGCAUCAACAUACAUGAAACUUCGCAUUGCAUUGUUUGUGUUUUCUGCAAUUGGACUAAUUCUAUAUAUUGCGGCAUUUGCUCUUCCAAAAUGGUCUUCUCACAAAGAUGGAAACGAUGGACUGUGGCAAACUUGUUAUUUAAAUGGUGGCACUGCCACUUGUGCUGUGUGGCCGGACAAUCUAAAAUCUGCUGACCACAAAGUAACUCAGAUUCUCUCAUGUCUGGGACUGUCUUUCUUCAUUUUGUUUGUGGUGAUGGCUGCGUUGACUAUAUUCUGGACAAAUCAUUGGAAGAAGGCGAGAGCAAUUAAAUAUACAACAGUCGUUUUGGCCGUUUUGGCAGUUAUUUUUGCGUUUGCAUGUCUGAUGAUUUAUAAGAAGGACAAAGAGUCCGGGAACAGCACCAUAGCUAUUGGGUGGUAUCUAGCCUUGGUUGGUGCCGUCAUCGCAGUUAUAACUAUUCCAUUUUAUUUCGUCGAUGCCUGCAGAACGGUGGAACCGAAGAAACAAGAUAAGGAAAAACUGUUUCAAAAUAUUGGUGUUCCGCCGAUGCCAGCUCCGACCAAAUUUCCAAUCAAAGGAGAAACAGAUCCGUUUAAUCCAAUUAAUAGUUCAUUUGAUCCUAAAAAUAGUAAGAGACCACCAUUACUGAACCAACUUAGAAAACAACAUACAACGUUCAUUCAUCCGCCACCAAAACCACCCACUAAAAAAUUAACAAAGAAAGAAAUAAAAACGUUCCCUCUACCGCCGUCUAAUACAAAAAUAAAUUUGUUUGAUAAAACUGAAAUUGAGGAUCAUCCUUCUCCGGUUCCUCCUCAAGUGAUCCAAAAAAGUUCAACCCCGGACGGUGCCAAAAAGGACUACGAUACGGCCAGUACUAAAAGUACCUCUAUAGGAACAAUGUCUCCUGUCCAAAACGAGGCAGACAAUAGUCCACCUAAUCACAGUGUGUUUAAAUUCCACAAAACAAAGACAGUUCAUAAAAACGGCAAAACAAUGUUGAAAAUUCAAAGUCAAAAUGAUACUGAUCGACUCCCACCUGUCAUGAUGGUCAUGCCUGGGGAAGAUGAAAAUGGCGACGAUAUCGACGAGGUUUCACUCGAGGGCGGAAUAAGUGGCGGGAAAACACACAACUCUCAAUGGGACCAAGAACAAGCAAGACGGAAAUUUGGCGCGUAUUUUGCCGAUAUGAGUGCAGGUGAUAAUACGCUCGUAGAAGGGAAAACUUCAAAACUCCUGGGCAAAUUUAAGAAAAAGAUAAAUUCCUUAUCUGAAAAACAAACAAAACCCAUGAAAGGUAGAGUAAAUGAUGUUGUCGAUAUAUAUGCAGACGAACACAAUAAAGAAGCUGCAAAAGAAAAACCUAAAACAAAGAAAAAAUCUAAAAAGAAACAAAAGCUGAAGCGACCAAUUUCAUCAUCCUCUUCUGCAUCAGCUAUAAAUCCUGACAUUGAAACGUGUGUUAAUACCUACAAUAGAGAAAGCAGUAACGUAACCCAGGACGGACUGACAAUACAUAACGAACUUGACGAAGAGGAUGUAUAAACGUCGGUGUAAUUCAUGAAGGACUUACAAUGCACACUGUACUAGAACGGUUGAAAGGAGAAAUAAGGUUAUACUAUUGAACUUGAUAAAAACUGAUCUCGGGUUCGUUAGUUUUCAGGUGACUCGAGUCCUCAUUAUUGCAGAGAUCUGAUUCCUUAAUGCUUGUUAAUUUAUUUUUUAAAAGUGCUCUUAGGUAAAAUGUGGUAUCAAUACUAAGUAAAAACUAAAUAUAAACUGUUAAUGUAAGAAACCGUCCACAAAUUUACACGUUUGUUAUAAUGUUAUGUACGAAACAGAUUUUUGUUGAUCAAUAAAAAUAAUUGUUACA